CGAACGGAGCCAACCGCCGUUACGUCAUCGACCCAAGCUCCCAAAAGACCCGUAUGCUUUCCUGGCAUGGUUAUAACCAGCUCAGCCCCAUGUCCAUGUUUCUUCUUCUUCUCUUUCUUCAAAAAUACGAAUAUCCUACCGAAAAAAAUCAAAAGGUGCAGAAAAUCAGUAAAUUUAGAGCUCUUCAUUGCCCGACUAAUCCAACGUCAAUCAUGCCUCUUGUUGUACCCGGACUGCAGUCCAAGGAUGGAAGCAAGACGUCCGACUGGAUGAACAAGUUGAUGGGCAAGAAGAUCGGCGAGACGAACGACGAAAUCACGUUUGCGAGGAAAGAUUUGCCGUCCGAGCAUCGCAUCGUCAAAGAGGGCGACAUGAUGACCAUGGACCACAAGCCAGAUAGACUUAACAUUCACAUUGGUGACGACGGCACUGUAAGCAAGGUCACACACGGCUAGAGCAUAGAACUUUGGAAGCGCUAGAACAAGAAAGAGCAAGGGCGAGUGAUUCAGACAGAUGAAAGAUAUCACGAUAGAUACACUGCAUUGGCUCUCAAACGAAAGUUGAUGCGGUUUGGAGCUGAUACCCAAUUCCACAAAUUCUCUUGAUACCAA